AGGCGCAGAGUGUGGGCAGAGCAUGCGCAGCAGCAGCUCGCCGGAAGCCGGAAGCGUCUGUCUGUAUUAUUUGGUGUGGCAGCUGCAGGAGACGGUAGUGUGGGAAGCAGCAGACGUGCGUGUUACUGGGAGCAGAUAAUAGAAUUGGUGAACAAUGAGUCUCCAGUGGACAGCGGUAGCCACCUUCCUCUAUGCAGAGGUGUUCAUGGUAUUGCUCCUGUGCAUUCCUUUCAUUUCACCCACAAGAUGGCAGAAAAUCUUCAAAUCUCGCCUGGUGCAGCUAAUAGUGACAUAUGGAAACACUUUCUUCGUGGUACUAAUAGUGAUCUUAUUGCUGCUUCUGCUAGAUGCGUUUCGUGAGAUCCAGAAGUAUGGCGUCGGAGAGCAAGUGGAUCUCAAGAACAAUCCGGUGGCUGUGGAACAUAUUCACAUGAAACUGUUCAGAGCUCAGCGUAACCUGUACAUUGCAGGAUUCUCCCUCCUCCUGUCUUUCCUGCUGAGACGUCUGGUCACACUGAUAUCCAAACAAGCCACUCUCCUUGCGUCCAACGAGGCCUUCAAAAAGCAGGCUGAGAGUGCAAGCGAUGCUGCCAAAAAGUACAUGGAGGAGAAUGAUAAGCUCAAGAAGCAACUGAAGUCCUCUGGGAUUGAGGUUAGUGACCUGCCAGAAACCAACGCUGAGGAGGACAACAAGAAGCUCCAAGGAGAAGUCCGAAAACUCAAGGAAGAGCUGGAAUCCACCAAGAAAUCUCUGCAGAAGUCGGAGAAUGAGGUGUUUGCUAUCAAAAAGCAGAGUGAGGGCUUAACAAAGGAAUAUGACCGGCUCCUGAGCGAACACGCCAAACUGCAGGCAAUUAACGAUGGACCAAAAGAUAAGAAGGAAGAGUGAAGAGUUUGCGCCAUGUGUAGGGAAGACCUUCCCUGAUCUGUUUCCAUCCAGCCGUCAUGCAAUUUUCUUGAGCGGUAGCCCAGUUGGCAGCAUUGAGCAUCACUUCACACUGGCAUCUCCUUGGCGUCAGUCUUCAGUCCGCUGCAGGCUGCAUCUCCGCCUCCCUCUGCUCUGACUCCUCCCCUUUCCCCUGUUUGUCUCCUGCACAAGUCCGCAAUGUCCACGUAAUUUUGUAAGCAGGUCCAUUCCUGCAGCUCCUUUCUUCCUGUCCUGUUGGGCUGAGAGGCGUUUAUACCUGAAAGAAUGAGGAAUUUUUUGUUUUUUUGUUUUUCACAUGUUUACGGUUAAACUUCUUCUCGUUUACCUGUCACAGCGGCAAUCUCAUGCUUUUCUCUUUAGUGUGCAUUAUCAGAUGCCUCUCUGAAUAUGGAUUACAUGUAAUAAAAUCUCUCCAUCCCA